AUGAGAGCAGAGUCAAACCAGGUGAGGACUCGUUGCCUUCACCGCUUUACUUUGAAGUUCUGCUCCUUUUUGUCCCUCAGGUUCGUUUCCUGGAGCAGCAGAACAAAGUGCUGGAGACCAAGUGGGGCCUCCUGCAGCAAUAUGUCCUGCCCAAAAAGGGGAAAAACCUGGAACUGUACUUUGAGAACUACAUCUGUGACCUGAGGAAGCGUCUGGACUGUUUGCUGUGUGAGAAGCAGAAACUGGGCAGCGAGGAAUGUGCCACGAGCCAGUUGGUGGAGGAGUUCAAGUGCAAGUAUGAGGAGGAAAUCAACAGGCGAACGACUGUGGAGAACGAGUUUGUGGCCCUCAAAAAGGAUGCAGACUGCAUCUUCUUGAACAAGGAAGAGCUGGAGGUGAAGGUGGAUCUGCUAAGGAGGCAGUUGGAGUUGUUGAAAUGUGUCUUCGAGGAGGAACGAGCUCAGGUCGAUCGGCAGCUCUGCGACACCUCGGUCAUCGUCAAAAUGGACAACAACAGAGACCUGGACAUGGAGAGCAUCAUCAAGAACGUGGAGUGCUGGUACCAGGAGAUAGCCCAGAAGAGCAAAGAAGAAGUUGAUGCUUUCUACCAAACCAGGUUUCAGGAGCUUCAGGAUAAGAGAGGGAAAUACUGUGAUGAUCUGCAGAGCAACAAGUGUGAGAUCUCGGAGCUGACCAGGAUGAUCCAGAAGCUGCAGUGUGAGCUGGAGACCGUCAAGAAGCAGGUCUCGUGCCUGCAAACCUCCAUCUGCGACGUGGAGCAGCGCGGGGACUGUGCCCUCAAGGAUGCCAGGGAGAAGCACAUCGAGCUGCAGAACGCCCUGCAGAAGGCGAAGGACGAGUUGGCCUGCAUGCUCAGGGACUACCAGGAGCUGCUCAACGUCAAAUUGGCCCUGGACAUCGAGAUUGCCACCUACAAGACUCUUCUGGAGGGGGAAGAGAGCAGGUGGGUGACAGAGACCUUGUCCCUUUCCUCCUUGUCAUAG